AAACGAUAUUUUGCUUUGGAACAUACAUGGAAUUAGGUUCUGGACAUAGAUACUGCCAAGACAAGAUGGUAUGCAUUAUGAAUAUGAUCAUUAUUGGUGGUAGCUUAACCCAUCCACCGGCCAUCCUGCCCUAGUCUUCAUUCAACUGUUAAUCACUUCAUCCCCCCAGAACAAAGCAGUUCCCAGACGCCAAAGUCAAUUACUAAGCUUAAGUUGGAUCACCAACCCCUAACCUUCAUACCGUUUAUAUAGAAGGUGAACGAUGAAAAGCUAAGAUACAGUAAACUUGAAGAUGAAGCACUUGUGGGUUUGUUAUGCCAUUGCUUCUUUAAUCUGGGCCGACUUGUUUGUGGAGACUUUGGCACAGGACUCGGCGUGCCUGAACCAGCUUCUUCCUUGCCUCAACCACCUCCAGGGAAGCCAAGACGUGCCUGAUUCUUGCUGUGAUCCCUUGAAAUCUAUCAUCAAACAUAACCCGGAGUGUUUCUGUUACAUGGUAAGCAACCAGGGCAGCAAUCAAGUAGAGCAAGCCGGCAUCAAUAUUAGCGAGGCUCAGCAGCUUCCUGCAAGAUGUGGACUACAUGUCAAUCCGCUAGCUUGCAUAACAGGUUAUCCGGAAUCGAGAAACUCUUCUGGCGCUAAUAUCUUCUUGUCCUUGAUGUCCAGCAUGACGGUUGCCAUAAUUUUAUCGAUGGCUUUACAGAUUUUGUGGGUGUCAAAUAUCAUGGUAUUGGCUUGAGGACCAAUUUUAAUCCGAAGAGUUGUUUUCUUUUUACAAGGGAACUCUCUCUUUCUACACGUCUAUCUGCUGUGUUAGACUUCAAUUUAUUCUUCAGAAUCAAUUGUACUUCUAAAGUGUUGAUUUUUAAAUAAAAAUAGAGUUGUCUCUAUUGUUUAUCAAUUUGAGAAUUAGUAAUUAUCUAAAUGGUGGAUUUUAUCUGUAAU